CGUUACCAGUACGACCCCGCCUAAUUCUCUUUCUCGUUUGUGCAACUGAUUCGAUAUGGCGUGGAGACUGCCGUUCCUCAACGCAACCUCGAUUCCUCCGCCGUCUCCGGUGCCGGACCGUCGGCAUUCUCUCGGCAUUUCCCGCCAAAAUCGCCGGAUCCUCGCGGCGAAGCUCAAUUCUUCUCCGGCUCCGUUCUCGCUUUCCCCUAGCGGGAGUGGGAGGUUUCUGGCGCCGGAGGAAAAGCUAGGAUCGAUCCGAUCGGUGCAGGCGAGAUCGCAGUUGAGCUCCCCUCUCAUCUCUCCCAACGACCAAUGGGGAACCUGGACUGCUCUCUUCGCCACCGGAGCUUUCGGUCUUUGGUCGGAGAAGACCAAAAUUGGAAGCACCUUGAGUGGGGCGUUAGUCAGCACUUUAAUUGGGCUUGCAGCUAGCAAUCUGGGCGUCAUCUCGUGCGAAGCUCCUGCUUAUUCAGUGGUCUUGAACUUUUUGCUUCCCUUGGCCGUUCCUUUGCUGUUGUUUAGAGCAGAUUUGCGCCGUGUGAUUCAGUCCACUGGAAAGCUUCUUCUCGCUUUCUUGAUCGGAUCAGUUGCAACGACAGUCGGGACGGCUUUGGCCUACUUUCUGGUACCGAUGAGGUCACUCGGCCCAGAUAGCUGGAAGAUAGCAGCUGCCCUCAUGGGAAGGCAUAUAGGCGGAGCUGUCAACUAUGUCGCUAUUGCCAAUGCUCUUGAUGUUUCACCAUCAGUAUUGGCAGCAGGACUGGCUGCUGAUAAUGUAAUAUGUGCAGUAUACUUCACAUCAUUGUUUGCUUUGGCCUCAAAGAUCCCUGCAGAGUCCUCACCUUCACCAGCUAGUGAUGUGGAGACGAAAAAGGCCGGUUCUGAAACCGGAAAUAAAAUUCCCGUUCUGCAGAUGGCUACAGCCAUAGCAGUGUCCUUAGCUAUAUGCAAGGCAGCGACUUACCUCACAAAGUAUUUGGGAAUAACGGGUGGGAGCUUGCCCGCCAUUACUGCCGUCAUAGUUGUUCUGGCAACCGUCUUCCCAUCCCAAUUCGGUCAUCUCGCACCUUCUGGAGAGGCGAUGGCCUUAAUUCUCAUGCAGGUGUUUUUCACGGUGGUGGGAGCGAGCGGAAACAUAUGGAGCGUGAUAGAGACAGCACCGAGCAUAUUCAUGUUUGCACUUGUCCAGAUAGGGGUUCAUCUCGGGGUGAUUUUGGGAAUAGGGAAGCUAUUCGGUAUCGAGCUGAGGCUGUUGCUGCUGGCAUCAAACGCAAACGUGGGAGGACCCACGACUGCAGCGGGGAUGGCCACUGCUAAGGGAUGGAACUCUUUGAUAGUUCCUGGUAUUCUUGCUGGCAUUUUUGGUAUCGCCAUUGCUACUUUUCUCGGUUACGCUUUCGGUGUUAAAGUUCUUCAGUUCAUGUGAAAGGCUUCGCUCUCUCUGUUGGAUUGCUGAACAAAAUGCCUCCUUUGCUCAUAAUCCCAUCCUCUUAAAUAUCUC